AUGCGAUCUUUCCUCAACAUCCUUCUGGCUCUGCCAGCUGUGCUUGGUGCCGCCACUGUCGACAAGAGACAAACCGCAGACACCGUCUCUGGAAGUUGGAUUGCCCGCGUUCAAGACAACUCCCCACUCUCAACCGUACUGAACACUCUCCGUCUCACGACCAACAUUGUGCCCAAGCACCAGUACAACUUCGGUACCUUCCGUGGCUUCGCUUUCGAUGGCGACGAGUCACUCGUCGACCUUGUCGCCAGCAUCCCCCUGAUCGCAAGCAUUGAGCCAGACACCACAGUCCGUGCCUCAGCUCCUGUUGUUGAGAAGCGUGCUCUCGUCCAGCAGACUCCUGCCGAGUACGGACUUGUCCGCAUCUCCCGCCGCGCUCGCGGAGGCAACACCUACACCUACGACAACACCGCUGGCGCUGGAAGCUUUAUCUACGUGAUCGAUACUGGUGUCAAUGCUGGUCACCAGGAGUUCGGCGGCCGUGCUGUCAACGGAGCCAACUUCGUCGCGACUGAGCCUCUUAUCGCUACUGAUCUCAACGGCCACGGAACACACUGCUCUGGAACUGCUGCUGGUGCAACAUACGGUGUGAGCAAGCGUGCCAACGUCAUCGCCGUGAAGGUUCUCGGUGCUCUUGGAACUGGAUUGAACUCCGGAGUCCUUGCUGGUAUCGACUGGGCUGUCAACAACGCCCGCCAGAAUGGCCGCACCGGUCGCUCCGUCUUCUCCUUGU